AUGCAAUGGAAGAAAGGUGAUACGACGAAUGGACAAGUCGUUGCGGGUGGUAAAGGUCAAGGAAGUCAAUUAGAUGAAUUGGAUUACCCAACUGAUGUAUUGAUUGACAAAGAGGCGGAUAGUCUCCUUAUUUGCGAUUACAGAAAUCGACGAGUUGUAAGAUGGUCUCGUCGUAGUGACACAACACAAGGAGAAAUCAUCAUCGACAACAUCGAUUGUAGAGGAUUAGCUAUGGACGAUCAGAGAUAUCUCUACGUCUCUGACACCAAAAAACAUGAAGUAAGACGAUAUCAGUUGGGAGACAAGAAUGGCACUCUCGUGGCUGGUGGCAAUGGCAAAGGUAAUGAUCUUAAUCAACUCAACAAUCCGGGUUAUCUCUUUGUCGAUCGACAACAGAAUGUCUACGUGUCAGACCACUGGAAUCAUCGUGUAAUGAAAUGGAAUAAAGAUGCAAAAGAAGGCAUUGUCGUCGCUGGGGGUCAAGACGCAGGGAAUGCUCUGAGACAAUUGUAUUAUCCUCAAGGACUCUUCGUCGAUACGUUGGGUACACUCUAUGUGGCAGACUCGGCAAAUCAUCGUGUAAUGCGUUGGACUCAAGGAGGUAAACAAGGCACUGUAAUUAUGGGUAGAAAUGGUGAAGGUCGAGGAGCAGGAGCAAAUCAGUUCAAUAUCCCCACUGGUUUGUCUUUCGAUCAAUAUGGGAAUCUCUAUGUCACCGAUAAAGAUAAUCAUCGUGUGCAACGAUUUUCUCUCCAAUAG